AUGAACUCUUUGACUUUUGAGCGGGAAAUUUCGAAGAAUGCCAAGAAUAUUCACCAAAAAGAGAUUAUUCUCAAUGCUGCACAAAUAGUGGCGAAUCAAUUAUCUCUACAAAUUGAGCAAAAUCAAUUAAAAUUGGAUGGUAGGUUUAAAUGAUGAAAAUCGUCGUUCAAAUCGGACCGGAUUAAACUUUCGUUUUACAGAACUUCAACAAAAGAAAUGUUAUCUUCAUCUUCUUGGGCUGAAAGGAAAUGAGUUGAAAACAGCAAUACACUCUACAAAUUUUGUUCCACUUAUUCGCAAGUGUUUGAAUUGAAAGAAAGAAGUUGCUUUGAAAGAAGAAGAAAAAGGUGUCUUUUCAGUGAGUUGUACUUGAAAAAGGUUCUACGAGUCAUUGUAAUCUAUUAAAUUUUCAGUUCCGAUGUAGUUGUGGGGCACGGGAAGGAGCUCGUUCGAACACUUGUUUUUCAAAAACAAAUUUGUCAUGGGAAAAGAUUGUAUUGAUUAUAUCCUGCUUUUCUAAAGGGUAAGUUCCAUAAUAAAAAUGAUUGUUUUACAAAACGAUCAAAUAUUAAAAAAUGUCCAAAAAAUAUUUUUUCAAGAUUUGACAAUCGCAAAAUCAAACAAUUAACAAAGAGUACAACCUACGCCAUCCAAAAUCUGCGCGAUGCUCUUCAAUUCGUUGAUGCAUCGUAAGUCUUAGUUCAGAUGGUGGGAAAUGUUUGUAAUCCGGGGGAAUGUUUUACAUAAAUAAUUCACUAAUACUAUUUUCAAAUUUUAAAUUAUUAAUAUUUCAGAUCAGACUUCGAUGGAUACAUUCGAACAAUUGCAACUCACAAUCAAAGUUUGAUGGAACAACGAAAAGACUGA